AGCUUUCUUUUCUGUGGCGGUUAUCUUCUACAAUCUUCUGCGUGCUUUCAUCCUUUUCUUCACGCUAACACAAGGUUUUUUCUCCGCUAUUGAUAUAAUUGAGUAGCAGCCGUCUCCUACAUAGUUAGGGUUUUUUGUUCCGUCGAGCUUCGCUCGUGCGGCUUGGAUUCUUGUGGAACGAGAGCUUAGUGCGGUUUUCCUUUUGGGUGUUUCGGAACGUGAGUGGAACACAAGGGCGGUGGGUGCGGCUUGGAUAUUUGUGGGCGAAGAAACACAAGACAACAUGAUAGAGUUCUCUUCUGCACCUCGGACAUGGAUUUCAAUGGCAAAUCUCAAGGAGCAAAUUGGUAAGAGCAAAUUGGCGAGCGCAAGAAGGAUAGGGUUUCAGACAAGAUUUUCGAGGGUUCAAAUUCUCUUAUACCAUACUACAGCAGCUCGCCCUUCUCCGGAACCACCUCCAUGCGACGAAGCAAUUUGGGUUCGUAUUAUUUUUCCUUCCGUAAUACUUAUUUUUAUUUCAGUUUGAGCAGGUUUGGUUGGAGUAUUUUGAUUUUUGAAGAAAUUUUUAUAGGCAGUGUUUCAUUUUCUAUCAUUUUAGGCUUCUUCUUGCCCGUUUUGUGUCUAGCGAGUCAGGUUUUUUUGUAUGGGUGGCUCACUCUAAGUCUAUUCCUAGGGCUUAUGAUCCGAUUUGUAAUUGUUGUCUGGAUUUUGUGUUGCAUGUUUGCUCUAUAUUAAUGAAAAGUCAUUUUGAUGAUAAAAAAAUCACCUUACUUGAAUAAGAAAAAAUGUUAAACCGUGUCCAUCCGUUUCUGAUAAAAUUAAAAAAAAAUGUUAAAUCUUCUCAAGCUGAGUGAGAACACAAAAACGGUGUACAAAAGAAAUCAAGAGGAGCUUAUUGAUAGUGGUUCCUACAAUCAAAGUUUGGACCCAUCUCCCAGAGAUUUGAGUGAGGUUAACAAACUUGCUUGGAAGUGGGUAGAGUUUUUUUUUAGAACAGGAUUCCUGUCAAUGUAGCCAACUCUCCUUUUCUUAACAUGUGUCGCUCAAUUGGUAAUUAUGGCCGAGGUUUCAAACCUCCUUCAGCAUAUGAGCUUAGUCAUUGGGUUCUGGAUGACAUGGACGCAAACAAAAGUUUUAAUAUUAUCUGAAGGGUGGAAAGAUAUGCGGGGCAGGCAGUUGAUAUAUUUUCUCAUUAAUAAUCAUUAUGGGACCGUGUUUUUAAAAUCAGUUGAUGAUAGAGACCUAAGAAUAUUAUUAAGUCUUAAUAUUUUGUAAUAAAAGGGGUGUAGGCCUUAUAACUAAGUGGAGGUGGGCUGGCCCAUGAGUGAAUGAAUAAAUAAGGUAGGCUGGGAAUAGAAGAAAGGGGGUGGUUGGAAUUAUCGGGCUUGGGACUCGGGACUGGGAGUCGGAAACGACUUGGGAAUUGUAUUCUUGUCUCUCGGUUAAACAAUGAACUUUUGUUUUUGAUCUUCAUCGCCAUUUUUGAGCUCAGAAUUACUGUUGAAUUACCUAACAUUGGUAUCAGAGCAAUCGACGCCUGGAACCAUGGAGAAGCGCUAUGGUUUACGCGAAGAACAUCGAUGGUCAGAACUGUCCGCAUCUGGUUUGUGCAAAUUGGAACGAAACAGGAGAAGGUGGAUGAAGCGUGGAAGACUCGCGAUGAAGUCGGAGCUAGGUCAAAGACAGGAAUUACCUCUAUUCCACAAGGUUGAAGCGUACGCAUGGAUAGGGAGGAUGGAAAGAUUUAAAGUAGACAUUGCAGCAAAGGCAAUGGGGGAAGCUGCAGAUGGCUGGUUUCAAUGGUGGGACUUUCAAAAGAGAGAAGAUAGUUGGGAGGCUUUAAAAGAAGAUUUGAUUAGGGAUUUUCCACCUAGACACCGGCAGAAGACAGGGAAGACAGCAAAACCAGAGUCAUCGAGGUCUUCGCAUCUCUUCGCAUCGUUCUUCUCAUAGCUCUUCGCAUUACCAUUCUAAAAAAUGGUUGCAAGUAGAAAACCCCAACUCGCAAUCACCAGAUUCUUCACUAUCAGGAUUGAUGAGUUCACAAGUUUCUCAACCUGCGAAAGAAUUGCCCCAGUCAAUAAAUAAAACUGAGAUGGAGCCAACGGAAUCUGUAAUCAAGAAACUGAAUAAGAAGGACGAAACCGAGGAGCAAGGAGAGAUUAUCCAAUGGCCAGAAAUUUCAUGCAUUGGUAAAAAGAGACCUGGUACAAUGGCAAUUAGUCCAAAGUGGGAAGAACCAGGCACCUCUAAUAUGCAGCUGUCUUCCAUGAACAAAGAAGGAAUCACAGCCCCUAAGACUUUCAGAGUGAAAGGGAAAUUAACAAGUGGCAGAAGGACUAAAGAUAUUAUCAUUCUAAUUGAUUGUGGGGCUACUCACAAUUUUAUAUCUCAAAGGGUAGCUCAAACAGCAGGAGUAUCUGUCCACCAGCUCCCAGAAUAUAAAAGGGAAAUAGGAAAUGGGGACCUAAUCAGAAAUGAUGGGAGAUGUGAAGCUGUUUCUAUUAACAUACAACAGACUAACAUCAUUCAAGACUUCUAUGUCUUAGAAUUGGGAGAAAUAGAGAUGGUUUUGGGAUUAGAAUGGUUAUCUGGAUUGGGAACUGUUGAAUUUAAUUUCAACCAGCUCACUAUUAAGUGGAGGGAAAAUGGAAGAGUCAGGAAGCUUCAGGGAGAUGCCCAUCUAAGCAGACACCAAGUUCCUCUCAAAUCUAUCACUGCAAAGAUUCAAGCAAAUGAAGAAGAAUUCUGCUUGCUCAAAUCUGCAAUGAUAGAAACGGAGAUGGAAAAGGAGACAGCCAAUCCAUGGAAGAAGGAAGGGUUCACAGAAAUUGCUGAUAGGUUCACUCUCGAAUACCAGUGUAAUACAAUCCAAGUAGACCUGGACUUUAUGAAUCAAGCUGUGGAAAGGUUAAAGAGGUUGAUUGAGCAAACAGUUGAGAAGCAUGAGGAAAAAUUUGGUAAGCGGGUUGUUGUUGCUCUCUAUGAGGCAGCAUGUUGUGCCCUGGCCUCCAUAGAAUAUGAAAGGAUCAAGUUUGUUCCUGGGAAGAUGUUGAUACAACUGGAGAGGCAGAGGCUGGGAGAAGUCUUAGGCACAUGGAGUAGGUCGGGAGGCUAUGUACUGAGUUCUAUCUUACCUUCCUCGGGUGCUGAUUCGAAAACUGAGACUUACAGUCCCGAAGAUGAUUAUGUGUUCUUCAUGGGAGAUUCUAUACGAGAUCAGACUUUGGGAAGGGAUGGAGAUAACAACUGUGGCCAAAAGGAUCACUAUGUGGACACAGAGAUUGAAUGGAGAUCAAAACGAAGAAAACAAUACGAGCUGAAGUACUGGGAAGGCAGAGGAGCGAGGAUAAAGCAUAAUGGCAUAGCUAUUUCUUACUCAGUCACUUCCCACCUUGAGGACAAGGUGUUUGUCAAAGGGGGAGUGAUGAUAGAGACCUAAGAAUAUUAUUAAGUCUUAAUAUUUUGUGAUAAAAGGGGUGUAGGCCUUAUAACUAAGUGGAGGUGGGCUGGCCCAUGAGUGAAUGAAUAAAUAAGGUAGGCUGGGAAUAGAAGAAAGGGGGUGGUUGGAAUUAUCGGGCUUGGGACUCGGGACUGGGAGUCGGAAACGACUUGGGAAUUGUAUUCUUGUCUCUCGGUUAAACAAUGAACUUUUGUUUUUGAUCUUCAUCGCCAUUUUUGAGCUCAGAAUUACUGUAGAAUUACCGAUAACCUAACAGUUAUUGCAUCUGAUCAAGUGAAAGAAACGAAUGUUAUGUAAGCUUCUUGAUAGUGUUGUGGAGGAGGUAGGUGCAGAUAUUGUUUCUCAUGUGGCCACUGACAAUACACCAAACUGCAAGGCGUCUGGAAAUUUACUAAUGGCCAAGCGACCUCAUCUUUGGUGUACACCUUGUGCAGUUCAUUGCAUUGAUUUAAUACUAGAGCAAAUUGGAGAGCUUAGUCAACAUAUGAUUGUGCUAGCGAAGGCGAAAAAAGUAACUCAAUUGCCACAAUAAAUUUAAAAUAAUUUUUAAAUUGUAAAAUAGAA